AGUGUUGCUGUUACUCCCCGAUAAGCAGCUCUUAUGAGACACAAAGAACACAUAACAAUGGCGGAAAUUCUCCGUCCUCCAGUCGCGAUAUAUUUAACAGCCUCACCAACCACCGCCUCCCACAACGCUGUCUUUGUUUUCCUCUUUUGUGCAAGAGGUAUACGAUCAAUACGUCUUCCACAGUCGCCAUGUUGGUUUGGGAGUUUCUUGUCGUCAUAAACAUUUGACUCCGAACUGCUCCCCCUGUUGGAUGUAUAGGUGAACAGCAAUAUCAACGUAAAGACCGGAUGAAGCAUGUGAUCAGUGACGGUAAUGUUUGAAACAGAUGAUAAAUUGGCUUUGUCACAUAUAAUGUAUUCAUUGAAGCGAAAAUAAAUUCAUAGAUUCAAGAUUCACCAAUCUGUCAACAGAUUGUGUUGCGGCCUGGAAAUACUCCUGAUCUUAAUCUGAUCAGAAAUGAAUUGAUAAUGGACAGAGAUUGAGUCACUGCAGUGUCCAAGUACAUCUGCAAAUAGCAUUACCGUUUAUCCAAGUGUCGUGUUGGUCAUUUCUUUAAAUUGAAGUCCAAAUUCGUAUGCUUAGUACUGACUAGCAGAGCAGGUCCGACAUUUCUGCGAGGCCACAUCUAUUUUGAAAGCUGAUGAUUUAGCUAGCAAUGAAGGUUAGCUGACACGGAACAUGAUGUCUUGUGUCGAGAUGAGUAAACAAGCGGCUGUUACGGAUGUAAGGAGAGAGUUAAAUCCCUGUCAGAACUCUCUGCCUUCCCCUCCAAAUAAAGUCACAUUUCAUUCGGUCCACAUUGGUCGUCCAAGAGGUGUUUUUUGAUGUGUUCCGUUGUGCGUGUGUUUGACGGCGGAAAGAUCUGGCUGCCCUCAAACCAUACAUGAUGGACCAGCAGAGGGCGCUGCACUCAGGUUGCCUGGUCUCGGGAGUUCGCACGCCACCCGUCAGACGAAACAGCAAGUUGGCCAGUCUGGGGCGGAUUUUUAAACCGUGGAAAUGGCGGAAAAAGAAAAACGAAAAAUUAAAGCCCUCAACAAUGGUGGACAAGGCCGCUUUACGGCCGAAAGGAGACGACACCGUCAAGAGGAAGCCACGCGAGAUGGAAGCAGAGUUAGACCUGGCCUGUGGGAGCAACGGCCAAGUGCCAGACACACCAACCCAUUCGGAUGGUGAGGAUAAGGAUGAGGAGCCCAUCGCGCCUCUGGCCAGCGCCACUGAAGACCUAAGCAGUGAUGUGGAUGCCUCGACAGCACAAGAUAUGUCAGAGGACUUGAAAGUGGUAGGAGAGCCUGUGCAAAGUGAGGAUGGGGAGUCCAACUGCCCCUCACUGAGCAUGUCCUGCGACAAGCACACGGUGGAGACUGUUGAGAUCAAUCAGGAGGUCGCGGUUGCCAAGUCCCACAGGCGAGCUAGCACACCCCCUCCACCCAUCAAGCUUCUCACUCGGCUAGGCAGUCUUGACGGUAAGACCAGAGCAGCUGUAAACAAAACCUCUGGAGGUUUGCGACACGUGCCUCUCGCUGCUGUCCAAGCAGGUCCUCCUCGUGUGCCAGUGAAAAAAUCCCCUGCCACAUUACCCAGGAACUUCACUCUGCCCAAAGAACCCCACGGAUCCCUUCUGAGAGCCCGCAUCUCCACACCCACGGCCUCGCCUCAUCUUGGGGUGCUGCACUCUCAGCUGCCCCCUAGCUGCAUCAUCGAGGAACUGCACAGAGCACUGGCCACCAAACACAGACAAGAAAGUUUUCAGAUGAAAGAUGCACGCUCAUCUCCAAAACGCCGGCUUGACGGCCGUCUCUCUCGCACGUCCAGCACGGAGAAGGAGCCAGCCAGCGAGUCCGAGAACAAAAAGAAUUCAGAUGAGAACAAAGAGAACUGGCGCCUGGACGAGUACUUGAGUGACCCAGAGCGGUGGAACAACUCAGUGAUCUCUGGGACGCUGCCGCGCAGGAUGAGGAAGGAGCUGCUGGCCGUGAAGCUGCGCAACCGGCCGAGCAAGCAGGAGCUGGAGGACCGCAACAUCUUCCCAGUGCGUAGCGAUCAGGAACGGCAGGAAAUACGACAGCAGAUCGAGAUGAAGCUGGCCAAGAGACUGAGCCAGAGACCCGCGGUGGAGGAGCUGGAGAGCCGCAACAUCCUCAAGCAGAGAAAUGAUCAGACGGAGCAAGAGGAGCGGCGGGAAAUUAAACAGAGGCUGAACCGUAAACUAAACCAGCGGCCGACGGUGGACGAGCUGCGGGACAGAAAGAUUCUCAUCCGCUUCAGCGACUACGUGGAAGUGGCCAAAGCUCAGGACUAUGACAGGAGAGCUGACAAGCCCUGGACCAGACUGUCGGCUGCUGACAAGGCUGCGAUACGGAAAGAGCUGAACGAGUUCAAGAGCACCGAGAUGGAGGUCCAUUCUUCCAGCAAGCAUCUGACAAGGUUCCACCGACCAUAGCAAGCAAGGUUUCUUCUGUGAAGAGUUGCUCACAUGUGGUUGUGUCGGCGAAGGCCUCAUCUGGAGUCCUCUUGCGUCUGGCCCACAGUCAGUGGGUGUCCUGAUAUUUGGGUGCAGCGAAUCUUGGAGGCUAUGUCUCUGGAAAUGGAGCUGCGAGAGGACACGUUCAGCAAGCACGGCGUCUACUCAGUGGAACAUCUCCUCGACUCUCACGUGACCCGGUCUGGGGAGCAGGAGCAACGGUGCGCAUCGAUGUGUUGGACUAGCAAAGACUUUCCCAUGAUUUGUUUCUACGUACACAAGACUUUGUGGGCAGACAUUGCCACAUGGGGGAACAGUGCAUGUGACCCGGUCAACCAGUCCUACUCCGGUAUCAGUCGUCACAUCCCCGUCCUGCCUCUGAAUCUCACUGAUCCAGUUGAUGAUGAUGAGUUUCAUAUCGACAGUAUCAAUGUUCUUCAACUGGAACCAAGACAGAAUCCCUUUGUAAGCACUAUUUAUUGUCUGUAUAAUACAGCCUUUCAAUUUC